UUUUGUAGGGUUUGGUCUGUGAAGCUUGCACAAGGAAGAAUGCGAAAUGUGCGUCGGCGACCGCUCAAUCCAUCUGAUUUUCCGACGUUUGGAUCGGACUUGGAGAGUAGAAGGGUGCAGUGCCUGUCAUGCACGGACCGUUACUUUGCCAAAGAUGCUGGUACUUGCCGUGAUUGCUACGAUGAAGCGAGCGAGACAGAACAGGAGCUCAAACGCGAGAUCAACGAUCUUAAGGCCAAGUUAGGGUUCCUCCAAGUCUGGUCCUCAUCUGAUUCGUCGUCCUCUUCCACCCACCUAUAUCCGGAACGCUCCUCGUUCUGCUUCACUGACGUCGUUUUGGUCGCGGCAUCGGAGGUCUAUCCAAUCCCGAUCUAUGCUCAUAAGGCCGUCUUGGUAAGUCGUUCACCAGUUUUUAGAGCGAUGCUCAAAAACGAGAUGGCGGAGAGCUUAAGUGGGACAAUAAAGAUAAGUGAUGUGUCGCAUAAUGUUCUGGAGGUAUUUGUGAAUUAUCUGUACACUGCUAAUGCUGAACUUGAUGAGCAAAUGGCCUGUGACCUUCUUAUAAUGGCCGAAAAAUAUGAAGUAAAGCAUAUGAAGGAUUCUUGUGAGAAUUUCAUACUUUCUCGAUUGAAUUGGGACAACUCGCUUUCUAGCCUUGUCUUCGCCCACCAGCAUAACGCAAAGGGGUUGUUUGAUGCAGCAUUGUUGGUCAUUGUUGAUAACAUUGACAAGCUAAAUAAGAAAGAUGAGUAUAUGGAGCUAGUCGAGAAGGAGCCAAUGCUGGUCGUGGAAAUCUUUGAAGCUUAUCUCUCAAAUCAGAAGAAUACUGCUCAAUCCAAAUCAGGCCUACAAUUGAUCAUGACCAAUUUAAUAUUUGUAUGAGAUAGACGAGAAAACGACGCUUUCAGAGUACUCUGACCUCUCAACAACUUUGGAAGGAGAUUAAAGCAAGAUAUGAAGGUAACAACGGUCCUACUGAAUAUAAACUCGAAGAAAGACAUUCAAACCGUCCAACAACUCAAUAUCGAUUAGAAAAAUACGACUCCAAGAUUAGGCUAUAUGGGAUGAACUGCUGCAUUUAGCACCACAUUGUAAGUGUUCCUGCGAUAAGACAGAAAUGGAAACCUGUGUUGGUUGUAAACUGGAAAGAGAAGUUCAUCAAGGUUAUGAGAAAAUAUCUUGCUCCUGUUCUUGACGGGGCUGGAUGAAUCACAUGAAACCUCAGGGAUCAAAUCUUGGUCAUGUAUCCACUGCCAUCAGUCUAUAAGACCUCCACUACGUUCUUGAACGUGGAGAAAAAGAGAACCAUAUUUGCAACAGAAUGAUCACCAUUCAACUAUGUAUGUAAAUGACAAUGCUAAUGGAGGUUCAAAGAGACUCAGAGCAGGAGUAGGAAGACAGAACAAUGUAGAGGACACUAAACUGUACAAAAACACUGUAUGCACACACUGUCGUUUGAUGGGUCACAUUAAAGAGCAGUUCAAGAUAUUGGGAUACCCAGAAUGGUGGAGAAACAGCAAGAAGAAAGCUGGAAUGAAGACGGGGUGUAUGCUGCAAAUACACCAUCUUAAUGAUGAUGAUGGAAUUGCAGAAAUUUCAUAAGGGGAAUACAAAGCUUUCAAGAAUUUCAUGAAGACAGUCAUGGAAAGCAAAGUCAAUGGUGCAGGGAGCUCCAAAGGUAAAGGAAUUGACUUCACAGCAGGUAUCUUCUAAUUGUCACUCUUUUAAUGUUUUUAUACUAAAUAUGGGCAUGAAUUAAUGGAAGGAUAUGUGGCUGAUAGAUUCAGGAGCUAAUAGCCACAUAUGCAAUGGUAUAAUUUCUUUGACACAAAUUAGGAAAAUCAAUAUCAGAGAAUUCUAUACUUAGCAGGUAGACUAACAAAUUUCUGAAAUAAGACAUCGUUAAAUGAAAAUUUGAUUCUAAAAGAUGUUUUACUUGCACAAGAUUUCAAAUAUAAUCUUAUACCAGUUACAAAAUUGGUUAAAGAUGAUAAACUGAAACUUGUUUCCUUGAAAAUGGUUGUGCAUUCCAGGCCCUUGUACAAUUGAACUUGGAAGGAGAAUAGGAGAUUUGUUUUUCUUUCCUGAAAAAAAUGUGUUGAUCAGACUACUGAAAAUUCUUUUUCUUUUCUUGAAUGUAAUAAAGUGCUCCUCA